AUGGCGACCUGUAUCAGAAAAGGAUCACCCAAAUCGGAGAUUCAACUUCAACCUCGCGUCAGAUCUCCUCUCUCCGAGAACCUUUCUCCAGCUACCUUCCCACGAUCUCCUCUCUCGUUUGUCUCUCCUAAGAGCUUACCUCACUUGAAUUGGAACUCCGGCCUAUCAUCGCCUACGCUCGUGACUCACAUUCUUCACGAUGGUGAUGACGAUUCCGACGAGGAAAACAAAGAAGACGAGGAAAUGAGUAUCUCAUCCGUUUCGGACGCCGGAGGAGGCAACGAGUUAUUCUCCGAUUACGAUGUUGAAGAUGACGAGGCAGAGGUAGUUGAGAGACGUUACGAUGAAGAAGAAGUGUUUGGGCCGCAUAAGUCCAGCUCAAAAUUGAACAGAGGGAUGCUGGAAAAUAAGAAUCUGAGAAUUGAAGUUCCGUUUGCGAAAAGAAGAGUCACCGACGGUGAAUUAGGACUCCGGAAAUUCGCUCUGAAGAAUUCAACUCCAGCUAGUUGUCUCCCCCAGGAACGGCCACAUACUCUGAGCUCCAAGGGUUCGGUGUACUGGGACAUGGAAGAUAUGGGAACACCAAGCGCACCUCCAAUAAUGGAAAGUGGACAAGAAGAUAACAGCUUGGAAAUGGAAAGGGAAAUUGAGCAGAUUGAGGAUGAGAUUUGCAGAGAAGCGGGAGUAGAUAGUAAUCAAGUAAACAUGGGAGGCAUAGCUGAUUAUAAAAGUUCGCAAUUGUAUAUAGAUGCAGAAAUUGGGGAAAGUGUGAGGGAUACUAAAAAUGGGGAAGAUGAGCAAAUCCAGGAAAUCCACUCGGAUGAAUUAGAUUGCCAUAGUAUCAGUGGUCAAUAUGCUUGGCAAAGUCUUCUGGCAUAUGAUGCUUGCGUAAGACUAUGUUUGUAUGCAUGGUCAAAGGGAUCUUCUGAGGCACCUGAGUUUCUGCGUGAUGAGUGUCGUCUUCUUCGAGGUGCAUUUGGUUUGCAUAAGUUUCUCUUACAACCCCGGGGUUUGCGAGCCACUGAAGAAAACAAAAAUGUGAAAGCAGAGCAAAAGACAUCCCUGAAGGCUAAAAACAUGGUCAGGAAGUUAAGGGUGGAAGUAAAGAGACUUCGAUUGAUACCACAACGCAAACUUAGAGGCAUAGAUUCGCUGCGGAGUUUAAUGAAUAUGCCAAUGGGAGCAGAGUAUUGCCGACAAGUUUCAUCACUUGUGAAGACUGGGAUGAGUUCUAUUAAACAGGCUACCCUCUCAGCAGUUUCAGAAGAACAAUUCUCCUGCUACCUUCAAAUGAAGAGCACAGCAGAAGGAGGUCAAAUUGAACAAGGAUCUUCUGUUUGUUUGCAAUCAGGAACUGGAAGUUACCAUGUCUUCUUUCCCGAGUCCGAAGGCGACGCUAUUCUGAUAGAAAUUCAAGAUAAGAAGAAAUCAGUUCAAGGAAAAGUAACGAUUCCUAUUGCAUCCUUGACUGAAAAUCCGAAUGAAAAUGUUAGGUGGUGGCCAAUAUACCAUGGUGAACAAGAAUGUGUUGGCAAGAUCCAGCUCUUUAUUGGUAACACGACCACAUCCGAUGAAGACUAUCACAUAAAGAGUGCACCUGUUGUGGAGACACUGGCAUACGAUUUGCUAGUAGAAGCUGCUACACGUGCUCAAAAGUUUCAUUCUCAGAACUUAAGCCUGAAUGGAUCUUGGAAAUGGCUGUUAAGCGAAUUCGCAGAAUAUUACGGAGUUUCCGAUUCAUAUACUAAACUGAGAUAUCUUUCACAUGUGAUGAAUGUGGCAACUCCAACAAAAACCUGCUUACUACUUGUGCAUGAGUUACUUGUGCCAAUCCUAAUGGCUCGAAGUGAGAAAUGUUUGACCAGGCAGGAGAAAAGUAUCUUAAUGGAUUGUGAGAUAGAGAUAGAAAAACUCUUGGCAAACGUUUUUGAGAAUUACAAGUCCUUAGAUGAAAACUACCCAUCAGGUUUGGCAGACAUAUCUGGUCCGGUGAAAGAGACGGCUUCAGCAGCACUUUCUCCAGCUGUUCAGGUUUUCAGCCUCCUUAAUGAUAUAUUGUCUCUUGAAGCACAAGAUAUUUUGAAGAAUUACCUUCAGACAGCAGCAAAGAAGAGGUGUCGGAUGCACAUGGUUGAAACCGAUGAGUAUGUUUCCUGCAACUCUGAAGGUUUUCUUUUGGAUUCCGUCACAAUCUCUACAGCCUACCUGAAAAUGAAGAAUCUUUGUCAAAACAUAAGCAACGAAAUAGAGACUGAUAUAAAGAUCACCAGUGAGCAUGUAUUCCCAAGCUCAAUCGACCUAUCAAAUAUAGCAGCUGCCGUAUACAGCACUCAACUAUGUACCCGGCUCAGGUUUUUUCUGUCAGCAGUGCCACCAUCCUGCCCACUGCCUCAUGUCAAUGAGCUUCUGAUAGCAGUUUCCGAUUUCGAAAGAAAACUCGAUUCAUGGGGCAUCAGUCCUGUACAGGGUGGCAUAGACUCGAGGGGAUUAUUCCACAACUACAUAAUGGUUUGGAUACAUGAUAUGGAACUUAGACUACUUGACCGAUGCAAAGCCGAAAAGGUUCCAUGGUCUGGUGUAAUAACAAAUCACUCAACAUCACCAUUUGCUGAGGACAUGUAUGAGAGAAUAAAAGAUUCUCUUAUAGAGUAUGAAGUGGUGAUUAGUAGAUGGCCACAAUAUACACUGAUCUUGGAAAAUACUGCUUCAAUUGUAGAGAGAGCCAUUGUUAAAUCGCUGGAGAAACAAUACAAUGACAUACUGACUCCUUUAAAAGACAGCAUUCCAAAGAGGCUAAACAUGCAUGUUCAGAAGCUGACAAGAAGGCAAUCUUCAGCUCUCUACUCUGUUCCAACUCAACUGGGAACUUUUGUCAACACCAUAAAGAGAAUUCUUGAUGUUCUACAUCGCAGAGUUGAGGAUAUUUUGAGACAGUGGGCUUCGUGUCUUCCUGUUGUUGAAGACAAGAAGUCGCUCUUUGGGGAGCAGAUGAAUGUAAUCACGGUCUUGCUCAGGACAAAAUACAGAAACUACAUGCAAGCGGCGGUUGAUAAACUUGUUAGCAACACGCAAUCAAACAAAAGCACAAGGCUGAAGAGAAUCUUAGAGGAAAUAAAAGAAAAUGAGAGAGAAGUCGAAGUCCGUGAACGUAUGAAGAUGUUAUGCUUACAGAUCACUGACUCAAUCUCAAAUCUGCAUGAUGUCUUCACAAGUCAGAUAUUUGUGGCUUCGUGCCGCCUUUUCUGGGACAGAAUGGCACAGGUUGUGUUGAAGUUUCUUGAGGGAAGAAAGGAGAAUGAAGUAGGAUACAAAGGCUCCUACUAUGCUCUUGGGAUAGUGGAGGACACGUUUGCAUCAGAGAUGCAGAGGCUGCAAGGGAACUCGCUACAGGAGAAGGAUAUGGAGGCUCCUCGUUCGGUGAUUGAGGCACGCUCCAUUCUCUCUAGAGACACUACUACCAAUCACUCUUCCUACUUCUAUGUCUAG